CUCCCUGGCUCUGGGAAACAGGCCAGAAGGGGAGACUUAGGAAAGAGGAACCCUCACAAAUGUCCACAAACAAACUUCCUGUCCCUGCAGAGCUGCCAGAAUGGCAAUGAGUUCCUCUGACAGGCUCUCUGCAUUCCCGCCCAGUACUGGACUCUGGCCAACGAGUUGGGGAAAGCUGCUAAGGCAGAGAGAACCCUGAGGCUUGCACAACACAACACACGGCAUCCCACCAGCCAGGCAGCUAGGCAGACUGGCACCAAAAUGGCAGCAACGGUGACAGAAUCCGGGGGAGUGAAGGUCGUCACAGAGGUCAUCCGGCAGACUGACCCCCGGACUGCACAACUGGACUCAACGGCACCACGUCCCAGCUCAGCCGAGGUCAAAGGCUUCAGGAAGGCACAGCCCAAGGCACUGGGGGCCAUACAGAUCAUAUCUGGUUUCACGCAGAUCUCCUUUGGGAUUGCCUUGAUGAUAACUGAAUCCGCAGCCCCAGCCCUCACCGUAGCCAGCGGAGUCUACUUCUGGAUCGGCUUGCUGCUUGUGUCCUCAGGAUCCAUGCUGGUGGAGACUGAGAGAAGAGAAAGCAUCCGGCUGGUGAAAGUCUGCUACAUUAUCAGCGGCCUGGUCAUCCUGGCCACCCUGACAGCCAUGAUCAUUCACAGUGUGGAGCUCGGCCAAGACAUCCCGUGGUGCAGCAUGCAUGAGAGCUGCAAAAUGACCCCGCUGGACUGCUCCCAAAAUGUCUAUAUUCUGAGUCAUGGGAUUAAUUCAAUAUUCAUCCUGCUUUGCUUCUUGGAGCUGUGCACGGCCAUCGCUGCCCUGGUGUACGGACACAAGGCCUUGAAACAGCAAGACUACACGCAGAUGGUGCUGUGAUGGAGUAGAGGCCAGCUCUGCUCCUCCCACCCCCGAGGUGUACUGAGAACAUGAUGGAGAUUUCUUGCACUGGAGCCACAGCGACAUGGACCUUUGACCACUUCUUCACCUUCCCAGGCCAGGAUGGCAGAGGGAGCAAACUCUGAGCCCCAUCUCAUGCAGCCCACCCUACCCCCACAACUCUUCUGUGUCUAGGGGAUAGGGGAAAAUGCUGAGCCAGACACCACUAUUCUUGAGUCCCCCAACUGAGAGAUGAGAGCAGCUUUAACACUCAAAGUAUCCCCUGACUUUCCCUGCAAACUCUCCCGUCUGUAACGUACUGCAGCCCAUGACCUCUCUCAGGACCCUCCUCACAGAGUCCCCUCAUGGACUCUUAUCCCUGAACUUCCUCCCCUCCCCUGAAACUAGAAGGCAGGACUUAACUCUUUCUGCACCCCAAAACCCUCCCCUCAUUCCCAAACGCUCCAGACUGUAUGGGGACAGUGAAAACAAAUUGACCCACACACGCCUUCCCUGGCCCCUCAACCUCAGCAGUCAGUAAAAGGGGAGGAGCUGGAAUGAGACUGAACCCAGUCCCCUCCCCCCCCCCAUCCUCCUGUGAUCCCUGGAACUCUCUGCAGCCGGAGCACAAGACAGCAAGCUCCAAAGCCAUCCUUCUGUCCUGCUCACACCUCUCCCCGAGUUCCCCAAACCCUCCCAUCUGCACAGGCAAACAAGAUGGAUGGGGAAGACAGUGAGAGUCAACAGGAUUAUGGAGUAGAAGUUGACCCAUCCCUUUUUCUUAGUCUUUGCCCCCUGGUCCCGUCACACAACUUAACUGCACCUAGGCAGAGAGUGGGGGUCUGUUUAAUUUUUUUAAAAUUUGUAUUGCAGUAAAGGAGUGCAGUAAGCAAUAGGCUGCGGAUACAAGGUAACAGAUUCUGUAGCCAGAUAUAAACUUAUCUAUUACGUGAUGGAACAUACAGGGCAGCAUGUGAUAUAAAAAAAAACCCACUAGAGAUAUGACAUCCUGAUUGUCCCAGAACAGAGCAGCGAUGCCAUGAUCUCCGUGUAAAUGCCACAUUCAGCCCUCAGUAACUCCUGAUGUCUUGGGCUUCCACCAAGAACUUGGCCCCUCUGUGUCCUGAAAAAACUUAUUCGUUCUCCUUUCAUGUUGUAUUAUCCCAUCCAGUUCACAUGUUUUAUGGACCAGCCCUUAGCACUUGACUUCUUUGCUGAUUUCCAGGUCCUUAGAAUGAUUUCUUCAGCCACAGCUGAUGCUCUCAAAUAAGAUAUUUCUGAGGGAAAGUCAAAUCCUUAGCAGCCUUCAGGACUUGCAGAAUAAAGCGCUUAGGACCACCAGGGUUACUGCUGUUUAGAAUCGCAUUCACUCACCUCCUAACUUCUUUCAAAUCUUCUUUGAUUUAUGGCAAUGGUCAUCCAGCUCUUUCAUUCUGAGGAUCAUGUCAUAAAAGAAAGAUCUCACUGAUCUCCCUUCCCUUCCAGUAUCCCAGUUGUCUUCCAGUACCCCACCGCUCCCAUUACUUGGAUCUUAAAAUGUCUCAUUCUGUAACCCACCAGGAAGGAUUCAGGGUGCCACAAUGGGAAAGCAACACCUCUAGGGCAAUAUAAAUGUAUCAGAUUUCCUUGUUCCCUUCACAGCUCCAACAAGAAUCCACCUCUCAUGUCUGUUGCCAGGUUCAUUCUAUUGCAUACCGUGCAAAUGCUAAAGAUGCAUUUUUAUUUUAUUUUUUUUUUGCUAUAUUAACCUGAGCUUACAGUAUUAUUAUAACAAAUGUUCCCACAGAAUGUUAUGUCUAGCUACAUCCCUAUCUGUUCAAUCAAAACCAAGCUUACCUCUCAAAUUUGAGAAGUGUUCCUUACCAGUCUGGAUUCUGAGUGGUACUGAUUAGAGCUAGUCAGGAAUUUUUCAGCAAAAAAAAA